UGUAAUAAAGAAAAUGAUCAUCUCGUUUCGUGAUCUUUAAUAGUAUUCGGUGAAUAUAAUAAACGCUUGUAAAAUUGUCAUCUUGAAUAAACGUGACGAAAACGAACGAGGGAGAUAAAUAGAUCAAGAAAAAAGAGAAAGAUAGAGAGAGAGAGAGAGAGAGAGAGAAAGAACAUAUCAAAGCUAGAAUAAUGAUACUCCAACUGCUACUGUUACGUUCGCAACGGAUAUUAAUCUUGUGAAAUAGGAAAUCGCAGUUUGUAGUAAAAGGAGCGAGAGGAAGGGAAGAAAAGGAGAAGGUGAAGAAGAAGAAGAAGAAGAAGAAACACGAGGAGAGAAAUACGAAGAAGCUCGUUCUCGGUGGAACGGGUCCCGAGUACGUCUGGAGUUGAUUGACCUUUGGGGCCGUGUGGCAGGAGGUACAAAGAGAGCGAACAGGAGAAGGAAAAGAAGAAGAAGAAGGAAAGGAGAGGAGAGGAAAGUCGAAGAGAAGUAAGGGCACGAAACGACGACGACGACGACGACGACGACGACGACGACGACGACGAUCAAGACGAUCAAGAAGAGUAAGGAAGAGGACAAGGAGGACGUGGAGGACGACAACGGCGAGGAGUGGCUGAGAAGAAGAAGAGCAAAUUGGUGCUCCCGGUAACAGGGGUCCAUGAAUAACGUGGAGGAAAGCGUGCGUAGCGUGACAAAACGUAAGAAGCUGGGCUCGCGUUGCGGCACGAGCGCCGAGUCGACCGAUUGGAGCAGCUCAACUACUCCCACCAGUAGUAGUAGUACAUGGGACCCAGACCAGGUGGUCCCCACCGCUGGCACACCAGGAUUCUCCUCCGCCUCUCUAAGGACCCAGGAUCCGUUGGGCCAGCCGAGCCGCUGCCACCGCUUUGACAACCUCGACUCGGCCGCUCGGCAAGCCACACCCGAUCAACUCGAUUUCUUCUUCAAGGUUAUGCUAUUGGGUGACAGCGGAGUCGGGAAGACCUGCCUACUUACUCGAUUUCGCGAUGGUCGUUUCUUAUUUGGAAACUACAUAACUACAAUCGGCAUUGACUUCAGGAACAAAAUCGUAACUGUCGACGAGACAAGAGUUAAAUUGCAAAUUUGGGAUACCGCCGGUCAGGAAAGAUUUCGUAGCGUGACUCAUGCUUAUUACAGGGAUGCUCAUGCUCUUCUAUUGCUGUACGACGUAACGAACAAGACAAGCUUUGAUAACAUCAGGGCCUGGCUCAGCGAGAUCCGGGAACAUGCCAACGAGGACGUCGUUAUCAUGCUGCUCGGUAACAAAUCGGAUUGCGGACAGGAACGAGUGGUCAAGAAGGAAGACGGGGAGAGAUUGGCGCAAGAGUACAAAGUUCCUUUCAUGGAAACCUCCGCCAAAACCGGACUCAACGUCGAAUUGGCAUUUCUCGCAGUAGCCAGGGAAUUGAAGGCUAGAAAAAGCAGUCAUCCGGACGAUACGAAAUUCAACGUGCAAGAUUACGUGCGUCAACAAUCGAAAAGAAAUUCUUGUUUCAAUUCUAAUUGUUUGACAACCUGAACUUAAUUGCUGCGCGAUUAUAGUCCCUCUCGCUCGUAAAUCCUUUUAAUCAUUUGGAUUGGCGGAACGAUGGAAUGAGAACCGGAACUGGUUGGCCGUCGAAUAGCGAUGUAUUAUCUUUAUUUCAUUCGAACGUGAUAGAUUACGAGGAUAUAAACAAGCAAAUGG